AUGCUCGAAGCGCAGCGCGGUAUGCCGACGCUGACGGACGCGACUGUUGCGGCGGGAAUAGCGGUGACCGCUGGGCUCCUAUUGGCCGCAACGCGACCGAGGGAGCAGCAGGUGUGGGACUGGCUGGUGGACGCAAGCAUGGGUGGCAACGUGGCAGGAAUCCUCCUCUCCUCCUUCUAUUGCAAGGAGCAGCAGGUGUGGGACUGGCUGGUGGAUGCAGGCAUGGGUGGUGACGCAGUAGGAAUCCUCUUUUCUUUCUUGCAUUGCGAGUUGCUCCUUCUCUCUUUCGCUCACAUCAGACUCCAUUCACGUGUCUUUGUUUGUUGUAUCUGUGUGUGCAGGGAGCAGCAGGUGUGGGACUGGCUGGUGGAUGCAGGCAUGAGUGGUGACACAGCAGGAAUCCUCCUCUCCUCCUUGCAAGUCUCUCUCUCCGUCCUGCUCCUCCUCUCCCUCCUCUCCCUUGCUCAAAUCAUCUUCGCGCGAGUUACCAACCCGACAAAGCCUCCUUUCUCCUCCUCGUUUUCCGCCUCGUUUCCUCUCCCUGCCUCCCCCUUCACCUCCUCUCCAUAUGAAGCAACAACUGCUGCUACCACACCCAUCGCCCCUUCCUCCCUCCCAGCCCUCCCCCACCACUCCCACUCCCUCCUCUCCUCCUCACUCUCUCACUCACUCCAGCCUUCCCUGCCUCCCCCCCACGUCGCCUCGCUCGCGCAGUCGCUUCCCUUGCCCCUGGGAGGUCGGAGAAAGCAGGUGGAAACAAAGGAAGAGUUGCAACAGCUGCUAAUGAACCUAGAUGGUAAAAUGGCAGCAGCAGCAGCAGCUGUUGCUUUUGCUGCUGGUGGUUCUGAUGGGGAGGGAGUGGGUGGGGGAGCAGGAGCGGAGGGGGGAGAUGGAAGGGGCAUUGUGGGCGGAAGAGGUAGAGCAGGCGAAGGACCAGCAGCAGCGGCAGCAAGAGGAGGAGGAGGAGGAGCAGCAGGAGAAAGAGGAGGAGGGGAUUACUCUGCCUCUUAUCCGAGUAGCUAUUAUCAGUUUCAACCAGAAUAUUUUGACCGCCUUCCUCCUAUCUCCCCACGUACCCUUGCCGAUUCCCUCGUCCCCACCACUCCCAAUAUCCCCCGCUCCUCCUCCCCAGGAGCCUCUGCUUCCCCCCUCCCCCCUUCCUCCUUCUCCCCCGCUUCCCCUCUCCGGUCCUCCUCUCCACCACCGUUCUCCACCCCUUCCCACCGGCACACACACACGGACGCCACUGCACCGUUCUUAACCACCCCUCACCGUUACACCCUCCCUUCUUCUCUCUCCACACCUGCUCCCUCUACAGACCACUCAAACCUCUAUCAACCCUCUUUCACCUUCCCUCGCUCCUCACUCCCCUUCGAUACAGUCACAUCGGAUGCAGUCACAUCUGACAACGCCCCAUCCUCGCCCCUUUUAGUCCAUCCCAGAUUAACCCCUAGUCCCUCUCGAGCCGCCAUAGUGCGUAAAAAGGGCGAGGUGGAGAGAUUAAAGCCCAUGUUGCCUGAAGAGGAGGAGGAGGGCUUUAAGCGUCUGGGGGUGCUGCAGUGGAGGGACACGUGGCGCGACGGGAUUCGCCAGUGGUUCUCGCAGCACCUGCUGAGGGCGCUGGUAAAGAAGAUCGAGGCGGCGCCAAGUAAGCUGGCAGCAGCAGCAGCCCCUCUCGGCCUCUCCCUCUCCCUCGAACCUCUCCACAGCCUCGGAAACUCCGCCGUACCUCCGCCCGCAGGCUCGGCAGCUCUGGGCCAGACCUCCACCCCAGGCUCGGCAGGAGUGACAGCAGGAGGCAGCUCUGGUUUGGGCGUGGGAGGCUUGGGAGGAGUGGAAGGCGGGGGGGUGGAGGAGGUGGGGGGAGGGGGGAGAGUGGUGGUGGUGCAGGGGAGUGUGAUGGGAGAGAGGGAGGGGUUGCAGCAAGUGAAGGGAGUGCUGCUACAGCUGCUACAGUCGGCCAGUCAAGCAGCGCCACCUGCAGGGUCCAUAUUCGGCCUGCACCAGCCUCAGCAGCAGCAGCAACAGCAGCAGCUGGAGGCACAGAAGGAAGCUGCGAGGAGCCUUCUGGCAGCCAUAGCGGAUUACGAGCAUCUUAGGGACGUCCUUAGAGGGCACUGGGCCAAGGGGCUGCUGCCACGUGGCAGCAUGCCAUUGGAGUACAGCACUCAACGGAUCAAAGCCCUGGCAGCAGGCUCCUGUCUGCGCUGCUUCCAAUGGUCAGCAGGAGGAAGCUUCCUCACACGAGACUCCACCCGCAUCCCCACCCCCGGCGCCUCCUCCCCCGCCCCUUUUCCCUCUGAAGCUCCAUCAUCCCCCCUAUCCUCCUCUCUCCUCUCCACCUCGCUCCCCUCCUCUGUCCACCCACAUUCUCCUUCCCGUGCCCCAAGCUCUCCUGCUCCCUCCACCCCUUCCUCCCUCUCCACCUCCCAGCCCUCCUCUAUUUCAUACUCGUUACAAGCUGCUCCAGAAGGAGUGUACCUUGUGCCAUGGACUCCUGAUCUCCCAACUGAUGCUCAUCUGCUGCUCUAUCUCUUCGCCGCACACCUGUCGCACCCCCAUUGGCUGGAUGAAUUCCUGCAAUCGCCCCUUUCACAGCAACAGCAGCAGCAGAUUUCCGCAGCUGGUGCUACAGUGCCGGCCGCAGCUGCCAGCUUAGCCGCCCAAAAUCCACUCCUCGUGGGUGGCUCUCUUCCCCGUGACCGCCUCUUGCCGCUUUCGGCUUCUUCCUCCUCUCAGUCUCCCUCUGCCCUUCUGGGCGGCAGGUUUACGGCCAUUGUGGGGUCAAUUCCACCAGCCAACGCUAGGCUGCCACCUGGCGCAGACAUGGUUGUGAUAACAAGGGAUGCACCUCCUGUUUUCGUCCUUUUCUGGGAAGGCCAGCCGUCCUUCUGUCUUCAGCCUGUCUUCUCCAUCUCUGUCGCUUUCUACUGUGAUGGAGCCCGUCACUCCUCCAAUUAG